AUGCGGCAGCGUCAGGCAGCAGCAUGGAGAAACACAGCCCUUGCACGUCCUUCGGGCAACUCCCUGCGUGUCCUGGCGAUGGCCGUUGUACUCUCCAUGCUGCCGGUACCCUCACUCCUCCUGACCCAGGACCACUGGGAUAAACAUCUUCCAACCGUGGAACAGAGCUCCAGUCUACACGUGACGUUUGACCCAAGGACGACAAAAUUAACGUGGGACUGCCAGGAAAACGCUACCUACGGGGAAUGCAUGUUGAUUCACAAGGAGAAGGGACAGAUUAAAAAAAAGGUCAAAGACAAGGAAUGUCAGUGCACCUUUCAGGACUGUUCUCUCCAUGGGGGAGUCACGCUCACUGUCGAAGUAAAUAUCAACCAAAGACGAAUUUCAGAAACACUGGUCUACCUGAACCCAGGUGGGGAGGGCACAGCUGCCCAGAACUUCUCCUGUCUUAUAUACAAUGCGGAUUUCAUGAACUGCACCUGGGCCAAGGGCCAAGCAGCGCCCAAUGACGUUCAAUAUUUUUUGUAUAUAAGAGACUCAAAGAAAAAAAUCGAAAGAGAAUGUCCUCAUUACCUACAAGACUCGGGAACCCAUGUGGGAUGUCACCUCCAAGACCUCUCGGGAUUAACUUCGUACAGUUACUUCCUGGUUAACGGCACCAGCCAAGAAACAGGAAUCCAGUUCUUCGAUUCGGUUUUGCUGUUAAAAGAAAUAGAGCAAUACAACCCACCCAACAAUAUCACCGUGCACUGCAACGAAUCACAAUGCCUCAUCCGGUGGGAGAAGCCCAGGACCCGAAAAACACUGUCCAUCAGGGAGUUCCAGUACCAGCUGGACAUCCAGAGACAGAGUAAUACCGGAAGCAGUAGAAAUCAACUGAUUGUGGUGUCUGGUGACUCGGGGAAUAAAUACAGCUUUCCAAGACCGGGGUUCAGAGCCAAACAUACUGUGAAGAUCAGGACAGCAGAUGCCCGGAAAGCCCACUGGGGUGCCUGGAGUCAGCCAGCUGAGUUUGGCUCUGAGGAACCAGAAUCCAGCCUGGUGCAUGUCUACCUGCUGGUGGUCCUGGGGACCUUCGUCUGUGGCCUGACCGUCAGCUGCCUUUUCAAAAGGUUCCUGGGGACGCACAGGUUUUUCCCACCAAUUCCACAGAUCAAAGAUAAAUUGAACGAUAGCCAUCAAACCGACCACCAGAUCCUCUGGGAGAAGUUUACACAUGACGUGGGAAGAGGCGACAAGGAAGAGGUCUUAGCCGUGGAAGAUGUCGCAGAAGCCCCAGCGAAUGCAUGA